GACAGCUUUUAAAAGAUACUAUCUCUUCUUCGACUGAAGAGAAAAUCUCUCAGGGGCAGUAGAAUAGGAAAGUGAGCCCACAGACCCGAAUGCUCGCCUCCCUCUUAGCCCCUCUCCCCGCCCCUUCCUUCCUGUCCCACUGGUUAUUUAACUUCUAGCCCCUGCAACUCUACCUCAGAAACCUUGUAGCCAGAGAUGGGGACGGAGCCCACAGAGCAGGCUUCCUGGGGCCCCUACUCGGGAGAGGAGGAGGACGCGUACUCCGCCGAGCCACUGCCGGAACUCUGCUACAAGGCCGAUGUCCAGGCCUUCAGCCGAGCCUUCCAGCCCAGCGUCUCCCUGACCGUGGCUGCGCUGGGUCUGGCUGGCAACGGCCUGGUCCUGGCCACCCACCUGGCGGCCCGACGGACCGCCCGCUCGCCCACCUCCGCCCACCUGCUGCAGCUGGCCCUGGCCGACCUCCUGCUGGCCUUGACCCUGCCUUUUGCCGCAGUGGGGGUUCUUCAGGGCUGGAAUCUCGGAAGUACGACCUGCCGCGCCAUCUCCGGCCUCUACUCGGCCUCCUUCCACGCCGGCUUCCUCUUCCUGGCCUGCAUCAGCGCGGACCGCUACGUGGCCAUCGCGAGGGCGCUUCCAGCUGGGCCCCGGCCCUCCGCGCCAGGCCGUGCGCACUUGGUCACAGUCAUCGUGUGGCUGCUGGCGCUUCUCCUGGCGCUGCCCGCGCUCCUCUUCAGCCGGGACGGGCAGCGGGAAGGCCAGCGGCGCUGUCGCCUCAUCUUCCCCGAGGGCCUCGCACAGACAGUGAAGGGGGCAAGCGCCGUGGCGCAGGUGGCCCUGGGCUUCGCGCUGCCGCUGGGCGUCAUGGCGGCCUGUUACGCGCUCCUGGGCCGCACGCUGCUGGCCGCCAGGGGGCCCGAGCGCCGGCGCGCGCUGCGCGUCGUGGUGGCCCUGGUGGCCGCCUUCGUGGUGCUGCAGCUGCCCUAUAGCCUCGCCCUGUUGCUGGACACGGCCGAUUUCCUGGCCGCGCGCGAGCGGAGCUGCCCUGCCAGCAAGCGCAAGGAUCUGGCGCUGCUGGUCACCGGCGGCUUGGCCUUGGCCCGCUGCGGCCUCAAUCCCGUGCUCUACGCCUUUCUGGGCCUGCGCUUCCGCCAGGACCUGCGGAGGUUGCUGCGCGGUGGGGGCUGCGGCCCAGGGCCUCGUGCCCGCAGCCGCUGCCCCCGCCGGCCCCGCCUUUCUUCCUGCUCUGCCCCCACCGAGACCCACAGCCUCUCUUGGGACCACUAGGGCUGCGAAUGCAGGGGCGUGGGGGGCGGGCGGAGGGAGGGGAGUGGGAGAGAGGUGGGGGAGCCCUAAGAGAAAGGCAGGGACCCCAUGGGAAGACGUCGUCUGUGCCUUGCCACAUUAAAAUUGAUAACACGGAAACCAGAUGCAACCCAUCAAGCGUUACUAUUUUCGGAACCCCCGACUUGGAGGUGAUUUGUAGCCGGGCAGAGCAGGUGGGUUUCGCCCUCCCCAUCACCUCCCUGCUCGCCGAGCCCGGGGCCGCGGGGGGGGGGGGGGUGAGAGGCCGAUGAAGCCGUAGGCACUGACACCGCCUCCAACGGCCCCCAGCCUCUGCCACCCGAGGCGCGGCGCGGAGGGGCAGCGGUGCCUCUGGAAACUGUGGGAAGACAGGGAGAGAGC